CCAAUGUAUUUCGCCUAUGACACACCUUUCCUCUCGCAAUGGAAGCCAAAGCCGAAAAUUGGCGCGUUUCACCCUCGGCGUUCUUUACCCAUAUUUAUGUAUUGACUUCUGAGUAACUUUAUUUCGAAUAUUCAUAUCAUCUAUCAGAAAACUUAUUGGAAUUGUCAGGAAAAUAAUUCGAUUCCAGUGUAAGUGUUGAUCUUAGCAGUGGUGUGGAAAUUUUUACACAUGGGACACCGGUACUUUGAAAUACGCUCCUAACUUCGAAAGUAAUGCUACCGACUAUUAAUUGACAAUAUUGUUAACUAAAUUAUUAAUACAUUUAUCCAAGGUGUAAAUUAAUGAUUUUAUUUUAAACUGACAUAUUUUAUAAGACGCUACAGUACGAAAAUUGGCUUAAGUAGUCUGCCCGGGUUCAACGAUCUGUCGUCACGGAGGCGGUGAGCUCCGCCAUCUUGCUUCUAGAUACGGCGGGAUCUUUGAAAGUAAGUUUCGUAUAAAGAUUUUUUUUAAAAAACGGACAGAAUGUCAAAAGACUCUGUUCGAUCGAGUAGACGAGACUCGGGUAUUUCAAAGCCGUAAUAGCUUCUGACAUUAGCAAUUCUGAAUAAGUUCAUACCUGAAAAGAUUAGAGUACCGCUCGAAGGGUUGUAAAGGAGGAAGAGGGGUGAAAAUAGCGGAACAACGUAUUGUCAUCCCUAGCCUCGUAAAACGACAAAGGGUAUAUUGUUUUGCGAAUCUCUUAAAAUGUACCUGGAGACCUAACCGGAAAAGUAACGGCAACUCUCAGCAAUGCAAAUAGUUAAACCGAGUAGAUUUGGUGGAAUCAAAAGUAUUUUUGGAUUGAAUGCGUCCUAGCCAAAAUUAAAUGCUUAUUAUCGUAGAGUAGAGCGAGCAGUGUGAGGGUCUUUGCUCCGCAUCAACUUGAAUCUAAAUAAGCCCUCGUUUCCUGCCUAUCCCUAUUCUAGACAGCGUGCAUAUUUUUAGGUAUUAUAAUUUAAGUGAAUGCAAGAAAUUCAUAGAGUCACAAUUUUUGCUUCGCAUUUAUACUCUGAUGAUUCAUAGAUUUGCGGCCGUUUGAGCUGUCAAGCUUCAGUCAGCUUCGAUUCGGAUUAAAUGGAGGGACAGAAGAGGAACAUCCGGAUCCGGGUAAUAGGUUACGAAAUCGUUUUUUUUCCAUGUUUAAACGUAGAGAGAAUUUAAAAGUUCUGAACAAAGACAAAUUCCAGUAUCUCUCAUUUGUAAAUAUACUUAUUAAAAAAGAAACAAAAUUCAAACGUGCGAUCUUCGUAUCCGAUCUAUUCCUCUUGAAGGCUGAAUCAACUCCGUGAUUCAUUUCGAUACGCUUAGGUCGCUGAUUGAACAGUUAUUUAAAAAAUAGGAAACAGCAACCGAAACAAGUAAGUAUAAAAAGAUAAAAAGGAAGGAGGUAAAUGACUGAGCAGCUUCAGGUCGACGAACCGUCGAUCACCUAAGAACAGAUGAUUUUCGUACCAGGCCUCCUAGCCAUAAUAACCCGACAUGAAGCGAGACUCUUCUAGGGAACUUUGGCGUAAUCGAGCAUAGAGAUUUGAGGGCCUAACCUGAACCGAACGAAAUGCCGGCCGGCGGCCCAGGUAAGAGUAUAGUGAGAAGUGUUCCUAAUUCUUUCCUUGAACUAAGAAAUAACUGAAAAUUAAUCUAUCUCCGACACGAAGUCCGCUCGCUCACUCGCAACUUCACACUUCCUAUUACGACGCUCGGAUUCAGUAGCGUCGAUGAUUUCGAAUUCACCGAGCGUACAGGCACUUUAAUUCUUUAACAUUUCGACGGAAGUUCCUGCUCCUGGCUCGUCUGCUUACUUAAAGCCAUCGUCACGCGUUCCACGCCUUUCACGCAGAGACGCACGAAACGACGCCGCCAGCAGGACGAUUCCCAAAAAAAGAUCAAUCUGUGCACGGCGCUUAAUGUAAAAUUAGGAGACACCAUAAAAAGUCUGUCGGUCAUUAACCAUGACCCCGUACUUUGCGAACUAGACUGGAAUUGAAAUAACGACAAGCGGCUAUACGUAUAACACAGAGAGAGACAGCCUGGUUCAAAGGAUCAAGGAUCGUCCCGAUAGGAACGUCCUGGGAUUCGGGGGAUUUUGGAAAUUCUCGAUAUCGGUGAAGGUCGAAGGUCGUAGCGGGAGUCUGCGGCGAGGUUCAGGAGUGCCCGAGACUGCGUGUCACAGCAGCUCCCCCAAGGGUUACGUCAGACGAGAAGACUCGGUCUGCUAUGCUCCGAGAGUCGACUCGUUCCCGACAGUCGCUGUUGCCGCCAGUUGCUAACGCGACAUCGCACGCUGCACGUCCGCCCGCAGUUAUCCUCUUCAGUAUUCCGUGCCCUUGUGCACUCUUCAGGGACCUUCAGCCGGGGAGGCUGCCUGCGCCUCUUGGAAGGCAGCAUCUUCUUGGAAGGAGGCUGCCGUAGCGGCAUACCAGAGACAAGAUAGAGCUAAUCCAGGCUGGAGCUAAUCCAGGCUGGACCGCUUAGAUCUUCCGGGAUGCUGUGUCCGCAUGUGUCGAGAAGACGCAGCCGUUCGUAGAAAUCCAGCAACGUGUUACGGACCUACGGACCGCAUGCCUGUAGACUUCUCCACGAGAAGCCAGCGGCCUGUGGACGUCUAGCACCGUCGUGGCUGAGAUGAAGCGUCCCCCUCUUCUCGAGGAUCUUUGUGGCGCGUAAAGCCGCCCGAAGACAAGCGGCUUCCAAGAGAGACAAACAGGAGUAAGGGGAGAAAGCAGGAGAAGUCGGUGAGGAAGAGCGCUCGAUACGAGCUGGCGAACCGAUGAUCCUGAGAGUCCCGCAUACUUUGGCUCUCAGAGAUUCGGGGCCUGGCACUGGAGGAGCCAUGAGUCCCGCGGGCGACCCGGUCACGCCGGGACAGCAUCAAUGGGCCAGCUGACGGAGUACCCAGUGAUGCGCAAGCGACGUGGUUUGGCCAGUGGCUUCGUGGGCCUUGGCAUGGGCCUGGUCUUGGGCCUGAUCCUCGUGAACUAUCGUUCGAGCACCUCGCCGCUUCUUGGCUCCCACGUAAACUCCUCCAGGCCCACUCCAUCCGCGAGAAGCUCCGGUCCAGGUCCAGUCGAUCUCCGGGAGUCCGACAGGAUCAACGCUUCAGCCUCGAGCCUCGUGUUCGUUGGAGUGAUGACAGCCCAAAAGUACCUGGACACGCGUGCCAAGGCCGUCUACGAGACCUGGGUAUCGAGCCUACCAGGAAGAAUGGCAUUCUUCUCCUCGGAGUCCUCGACAGUCCCGGAAAGCUGCCCGGAAUUGCCCCUGGUGCCGCUUCCGAAAGUCGACGACAGUUACCCACCCCAAAAGAAGUCCUUCCUGAUGCUGCAAUACAUGUGGCAGCAUUUUGGGGAGAAGUUCGAGUGGUUCCUCAGGGCCGACGACGACGUCUACGUCAGAACCGACCGGCUGGAACGUCUGCUGCGUUCCGUGGACUCCAGACGCGCCAGGUACAUAGGUCAGGCCGGCCGCGGGAAUUCCGAGGAAUUCGGACUGCUCUCCCUCGAGUACGACGAGAACUUUUGCAUGGGUGGUCCGGGUGUCGUGAUGUCGCGCGAGACCCUCAAGAGGAUCGUUCCCCAUAUCAAGUACUGCCUCAAGAAUCUCUACACGACUCACGAGGACGUGGAGCUGGGCCGCUGCGUGCAGAAGUAUGCUGGGAUCCCGUGCACUUGGAGCUACGAGAUGCAGUCUAUUCUCUACCAUAACAGCAGUGGCGAUCAGGCCUUCACCGGAAAUCUCAAAAGGAAGGAAGUGCAUCGUGCCAUCACAUUACACCCUGUUAAGAGCCCACCUCACAUGUACCGACUGCACAAUUACAUGAGGGAGCUGCGGAUUCAGGAAUUGCAGCACGAGCGAGUGCAGCUGCAUCGAGAUAUACAGACGAUGGCUAAGCAGCUGGACAUCGGUAUGGAUCGCUUACAGGAUUACAUCCUUGCGAAGGACGUGCCACUUUUCCCGAUCAAGUCAAAUUCGGAAGAUUACCUCGGGGACACUCUAAUGCUCGGUGUUCCGGCAGGACUGAGAGCAUUCAAGCCGAGCAACGCCAAAGAAGUUGUUCCCUGGGACUUCCUAUCGAGGUCGGAGUACAGUCUGGCCGACUCUAAUCCUCGGCGAAGGAUACACAGCGACGUGAAGGAAGGCCUGGAGGACAUCACGAGGGAAGUGAUGGCCUCCAUUAAUGCCUGCUCCAGGCAACGGGGACGGGUCGUCGAGGAGAGGUCGGCCCUCUAUGGCUACAGGAGAGUAGACGCCUUCGGUGCCGAUACGAUCCUGGACCUGCUCUUGGUCUACCGGAAGUACCGGGGUAGAAAGGUCACGCUUCCGGUCAGGAGACACGUUUAUCUGCACCAGCACUUCACAGGCCUGGAGAUCCGAGAGGUUGAGGACCUGCAGGAGGUGGACGUCAGCCAGCAGCGCGCCAAUGAAAAAUCUCUGAAGAAUAUCCUGCGCGGAGGUUUCCUCAAUUUGAACUUCAAUGGUUACCAGGACUCUGAUCCAAUACUCAGGAAGACGAUUCACUUCGUUCUUCCACUUUCGGGCCGCUACGAAGCCUUCCAAAGGUUCCUGAAUAACUACGAGGACGUCUGUUUACGUAACAACGAGAGGACGCAGCUUCUGCUGAUCCUCUAUCCCGAGGGAACCGGAAAUUCCUUCAACAAGAGUCUCUCCCUCGUUCAAGAUUUAAAGUAUCGGCAUCCCGGAGCCGUCAUAGAAGUGCUGCAUGGUUCUAGGGAAUUCUCAAGAGCCAAGGCCCUUCAUCAGGGAGCAUCCACCCUCCAGGACGAGGAUCUACUCUUCUUUAUAGACGUGGACAUUGCCUUUGCCAGGGACGCCUUGCUCAGGAUACGCUUGAACACUGUCAAGGGCCGUAGGGUGUACUUCCCAGUGGUCUACAGUCAGUUUGAUCCCAGGGUGGUGUUGAGCGAGUCGAGUCCUCGCCAGGAGACGUUCGCUGUCGAUGAGACUUUGGGUUACUGGCGUCAAUUCGGCUUUGGAAUAGUUUCUCUCUUCAAGGCGGAUUACUUGACCGUAGGUGGAUUCGAUCUGUCGAUCCUUGGUUGGGGCAAGGAAGACGUCGACCUCUAUGAGAAAAUGGUAAAGUCCGACCUGAACGUCUUUAGGGCUGCGGACACGCAGCUCGUCCACGUGUUUCACGAGGUGGAGUGCGACAGGAGGCUUCCGAGUGCGCAGCUAUCGAUGUGCAAGGGAACCAGGGCCGACACUUACGCCGGCACCGUGCAACUUGCUAAUUUAAUUUACGCGCAUCCUGAGUAUCUUCAGUUUGCGAAAACAAGAAGAGAAAAGAUUACGAAUCCAGCUGGAUAAGCGAAAAUCAAUGAAAUUCUUUGAUAGAGAUACCUCGAAACUCCUAGUGAAUUGCCAGAAGGACUUCUUCCUAUUCCUAAUGACGUAAGAAUUCUAAGAGUACACUCGCUGUGAAAAUAAUUUUAAAAUGAAUUAGAUAUUAUCGAUAAUCAUACAGUGUAUAUAUAUAUACGUGUGCGUAUGUGUAUCUAUAAGCAUUCGACAGUCUCGAAAGAGAAUAUUUCUAAGUUACAAUGCCUAACGUAUAUUUUAUACAGAUUUUAUUGUUAUAAAUAAAUGUGAUAUACCGUACCUUAUUCGGUCCGAAGAAACUGCGUUCUGGUUAAUAAAGUCCACUAAAUGAACGUCCACGUUUCCUUUUGGCUCCCGGUAGAUCACCAGCCGAAGAAGCAGACCAGAUUGAAAUGUAGACGAUUGACUAAUCCAGUAACGACUUUCCCAUGGGACGCGCGUAUCGCAGGAAUGCAAAACGGCCAGUCGAGUGCCCCGCCCCCAAGCGUGAUAAUCAUUCUACAGUCAAGUUCAAGCUCAUUAACCGUCUCUGCGAUUCGCUGUUGACUAUUGCGAGUAAUAUUCCAGAACUCAAAGUGACUCCUCGGCAUAGUUCAGCUGGCAGUUGGUAGCUGCUCGGGCCAGCAGUUCCUGCAAGAAUAUCGUGAAAUUGGUAAUCGCUCAGAAUCCGUUAAUCGUUUCAAGAAUGAGGCGGUGCUUCCUAGUGGCUCUCUGUUGCUUGUCGCUGGCGUGGGAUGCUGAGUCGCGAGUGUUGAGCGUCUGCGAUGCAGUGCGGGAAUUACAGUCGGCGAGAAUUUCACGAAGUCUGAUCAGCAACUGGGUCUGCCUGAUGCAAAGCGAGAGCAAUUUGAACACGGAGCUGGUUACUGGACCGAAGACAGCAUCCAGCUACAGUUAUGGGAUCUUCCAAAUCAACAGUUCGCGAUGGUGCGCGAGGGGCAGGAGGGGAGGAGCCUGCAACCUGAAGUGCGAGGAUCUUCUGAACGACGACAUUCAGGAUGACAUUGGCUGCGCCAAGAAGAUUUUCAACACGGAAGGAUUCAAAGCCUGGCCGGGAUGGAUGAGACAGUGCAAGAUGAAACCGCUGCCGAGUAUCGCUAAUUGCCGCGUGUGAUGACGCAACUACCGCCUAGCCUGCCCCCUCAAAGCUGUAACGACCAAAGAAUCUCUAUUAAAUAUUAAUUCAGAAUGUUUUGCCAAUAAAUGUUGAGCCUACGAAUCGUUCCAUGGAUACACGUGCAAUAAAUUCGAAGUACUCCCCGGUGUUGACGUUGCCAUUAUUAGUCUGAGUCUUAUCACUAAUUAAACGGAGUCUGAUUAGCAA